UGUCGUGACGCUAACACGCCCGCGCCGCCGCCUCAUCCACACUGCUGGCCGCGUGUUGUGAGAGCAGAGGCUGCGUUCUGGCCACUCUGUAACACUGCUUGUGCUAAACUGUGUGUGUCGUGCCUCCGGACUCUGUGACCUCCAUUGUAAUAAGUGCCCCGCUAUGGUGACCUCGUGAGCGGCGCGAGAGACUUGCUGGACACCUGACCCAGCUUGACCCAGGAUGAUGAACUCAGGAGAGUGUGCCAUCAGCGGGUUCGGGCUGCCGUCUGUUGGGGUCGCUGUUUCCUCGCCCAGUCACGCCCACCUUGAUUACAACGAAAAUGUGACCCAGACGCCCAUGCCUGCCCACAUGGCGGAGGGAGGCGUGGCGCAUUAUCCUCCCCACGGGAGCUUCAUGACAGGCUCCUACCCUGGCGGCGGGCUGGGCGGCCAGCUCUUCCAGCACUACCACGGGAAUGGCGGCCCCCUCAGGUCAGGCCACCACGCCGGGGGGCUGGUGUACCCUGGACACCUUCUGCACCACCAGCACCAGCACCCCCACCACCCCCACCACAACCCUCAUCACCACCCGCGUGGGUUAGAGCCCUACCCCAGCGGUGGUGGCGGCCACCGGUGGGAGACUGGUGGCGGUGCGGUGCGGGGCGGGGCUGGAGAGAAGGCGAGGCGGGAGCAGCGCAUCCGGCGCCCCAUGAACGCCUUCAUGGUGUGGGCGAAGGUGGAACGUAAGAAGCUGGCAGACGAGAACCCGGACCUCCACAACGCCGACCUCUCCAAGAUGCUGGGCAAGAAGUGGCGGGCCCUCACACCCACCGAGCGUCGCCCAUACGUGGAAGAGGCGGAGAGGCUCAGGCUGAAGCACAUGGCGGAGCACCCUGACUACAAGUACCGCCCGCGACGCCGCAAGCCCCAGCAGCCAAAGAAGCCCGGGGGAUCGUCAGGCUCCCCUGGGGUGUCCUCUCACUGCUCCACCGCCCCUAGCGUCACCACCACCACCACCGCCUCCAUCACCACCUCGCAGUCUAAGGAAAGCCCAGUCAUCCCAAGUGGGUUCCUGCAGGCGACGCUGACCGCUCCGCUGAACACUUCCAGCACCUCCACUAACGUCAGCGUCUCCACCAUGCCGCCAUCCACUUACUCCACGCCUGUCUUGGCCCUCCACACCCCGGACGCCUCCCCGACAUGCUCCCCUGAACCCGCCUGGCCUCCACCGCCACCCCAGGGACCUCCGUUACCUCCAUGCACCCUCACAGCCCUGCCCACGCCCCCGGAAGCGUCCCCCCACGAUCAUGAUCACCUUCACACAUCAAGCACCGCCCCACACCCGCACCACCACCAGGGAGAACAGCAGCAGCCCCCGCAGCAGCCCCCGCACCACGCCAUCCACCCACACCAACACCCGGAAGUCCCCAACGGGUUAUCCAAGAUGCUUCACUAUGUAUCCCCGGCGCAGCAAGGAUACCCGAGCUUCUAUCCCAGUAUGUCCUAUCCGCCCCACGCCUACGAGUAUCCUGACUACAUGAACGGGGCCGAGGGUUAUUACCAACCACAGUAUGACCCUCAGGGCUUUAGUCACGACCAUCACCCGGCCUUCACCCACCCCGCCUUCAGCAGUCCGCGGAGUGAGGUGAGCGGUGACGGCGGCGGCAGCGAGGGCGGCGGCGUCAACCUAAGUGUGGGCGGGGAAGGCGAAGUAUUUGAUGACGUAGAUCGCUCAGAGUUCGACAGGUACCUGAAGGGCCCUGAGCGAGUGUCUGCGGUGCCCUCCUCCUUCACCUACACGCCCCCAGCCAACCCCAGGUAUCUGGAGGUGGGUGGCGGCCAUAAUUUCCAGGAAUCCCAGUUCAUGACGCUGAUCAAAGAAGAACCGGAGGACGCUGCCAGUGCCACUACAGCAGGAGCAGCAGCAACAGCAGGAGGCGCAGGGCGGGUCCCGGAGAACAGCAGUAAUGGCGCUGCUGUUACUGGGGACACCACCUGGAGUGAGGGAGGGACUGGUGGGGGAAGUGGCGGCGAGGGGCAGUCUAGCGAGGUAUCUCAGCCAUCACCAGACCCUGCUGCUAAGGACAACUCCACCAGCAUCGUCUCCGCUCUCGCCGGCGUCAGGGAGCUGUACUCUGAGCACCCCUAGGGCCUGAGUCUUGCCCUUGCCGCCUCGUUGCCCUCCGCUGCUCCUUCAGUGGCGGCGUGCUGUAGGUCGGUGAGGAGAAAACGAUGCCUUGUAUAUAUUCCUGCCACAGCCAAAGUAAUACACAUAUCCCAUUUAUUUUCUUAGUGAAGGUAUAGAUGGAGUGUCUGUGACGUGUGGGGUGUGACGUGUGAGGUGUUGGUCUGUGGGUGACGCAGACGCAGAAGGCCAAAGAUAAAGGUCUGAUGGAGAAAAGAGGCGUUGAGUUGUGCCGGUGGAGACGCAUCAGCCAAGCCUCGACCAGUGAUAAUCUUGCCUGCCUUAGUGACGGCUUGUGGAGUUCUGCAGAUACCAAAUACCUAGUGUACAGAGAGAGAGAGAGAGAGAGAGAGAGAGAGAGAGAGAGAGAGAGAGAGAGAGAGAGAAAACGGGACUCCAUUCUCUUUUACUCCUCCAUUUUCUAUCCCUGUGCUAUAUCGUAUAAAUAAGAAAAUUAUCGAACAAUUUGAGAGAAAGAGGAGGAAGAGAUGAUGAUUCACAAUUCUGAUAGGUUAUAAGAUACAAAGAAAAA